AUGCAGAUUCAGGAUGAUCCCUCACUGAAGUGGCCAUCGAAGCUGAAAUCUGAUCCCUCAAGAAGGCGUCGAGACAAAUAUUGCAAGUUCCAUAGAGAUCGUGGACAUAUCACGGAAGAUUGUAUCGACUUAGAAGAUCAGAUUGAGAAUUUGAUUCGAAGAGGUCACCUGCGAAGGUUUAUGGUGGGAGAUGAUAGACGGGGUACUAAUCUCGCACAAGGGAGGCGGGACAAUUAUCCACCAGAACAACAACCAGUAGGCGGGAUCAGAGUUAUAUCCGGAGGGUAUGCAGGAGGAGAGGCUGAUGCCAAAGGGAUCCAGCAACCCUAUGAUGAUCCUCUGGUUGUCUCUAUGGUCAUAGCUAACUACACCAUAAGGCGUAUACUUAUUGACAAUGGGAGUUCAGCUGAUAUAAUAUUUUCCCAUGUAUUCAACCAAAUGAUGAUAGGCCAGGAAAGGUUACGACCCAUGAAUUCUCCUCUCGUGGGGUUUUCAGGAGAUAAGGUGAAUUCACUGGGAGUAGUUACGCUUCCAGUGACUGCAAGAACUAGCCCAAAGCAGGUCACUUUUAUGGUUGAUUUUAUAGUGGUGGAUUGCCCUUCAGCGUAUAACAUUAUUCUUGGGAGGACAGCCCUAAACUCUAUUAGAGCCAUUACUUCAACUUACUAA